UACCUAACUAAAUGGAGUGGUUUGCUUAGUCAUAGCGAAAUCCGUAAUAAUAAUUCUUCAAUUGGAGCCUCACCACAUCCCACUUUUGAAUCUUGCAGUAACGCCUUUCUUCUUCUUUUUUACCAGGACCGGAAACAAACUCAUACGAAAUGUCCAAUUGUUCGGCAUCUCGAAGAAUCACUAAUUAACAUCUAGUCGGGGACAUUACUCUCCCUCGUUCUUGUUCCAAAUCCAGCUCAGCUCAGCUCGACCGACCAUGUUAUCCCUCCUCCCAGACCUAACACCACGCGACUCGCACUCACUAUGGUACACCUCCUCCCGUAACCCCCUCUCCUCGAGCUUCGCCUACGAUGCGAACCCACACCAGCUACAACAGCAGCACCAGCCGCAGCAGCAACAGGAUGGUUCUGCCGGAUCCCCCUAUGGAGUUAAUAACUACCGUCGCGGGGCACACCUGGUAGAGCGGUCACCGCUUGCACGUCUCCGUGUCGAUGAGCAGAACCUCGAGCGCCGCCGCUUGAACGUCGCCAACUUUGGCAGCGCCUGGCUGAAGCCCCCCGGCAUCCCUAAGACCUUGCAUCAGCUACGCGAGGAACGCCGCGAGGCAGAAGAACAUCAGGAGGCCCUACGUCGCGAGCAGCUUGCUCAGGAGCUUGCUGAGGCCGAGGCCGCGGGCGUUAACGCCGUCGACGCCCAGGGCGAUGAUGGAGUCAUGGACGACGUGCAACUAGACGGAGCUCGGGAUCUUGACGAAGACAUCCCCGAGGCGGACGCUGACUUUGGUAUCGGGUCUGACGAAGACGAAGACGAAGACGACGGAGAUGAAGACGACGAAGACGAAGACGAAGAUGAUGACGAAGACGACAGUGAUGAUGACGACUCUGACGAUGAUGGAGAUGACGAAGAUGAUCCAGAGCAGAGGGCAGCAUACGCGGAACAGCAGCUCAUAGCGCAGCAGAUGAGGCAAGCCGACGACGCGUUCCGAGAAUCGGCAGCUCGCGGCCGAGACAGCAAUUACUAUGGGGUCGAUGAUGAAGUAGACGACGAAGACCAGGCCCAAAUGAUCGAAGAAGACGACCUGCUAGGCCACGGAGACGGCGCAGGUAUGGAUAUGGACGCCGAUCUCGACGACGACAUCCCCGAAGCAGAAGACGGAGGCUAUGAGCAUACGGAUUCUGAAGUGGAGAUGAGCAGUGACGAAGACGAGGACGACGACCAAGCUGAGAUGAGUUUUGCCGCGCAGGUCUCCCAGCAAGCGUCCCAGCAAGCAUCCCAGCAGCAAAGGCUCAGGCAUAGUCUAGCACGCAGCGACGCGACGCGACACAGCCUUGCUAUCAGCGACAUACUAUCCCAUGACGGUGACAGCAUCGGAAGCAGCCCGCAAUUCCAACGACGAGCCAGCGGUGCGGCACGUCGAGCUCGAGGGUGAAGGUAAAUAAGGAAGCUAUUGCACCUUGCAUAUCCAUCGCAUCACGUUGCAUUUUCUCUAACUUAAGAUACCCAUCAUCCCCUUUUAUUACUCGUUCUUCUGCCACCUCCUAUGGAGAUUCUGUAGCCAGCCAACCGGUGUUCAGUAUUUUCUAAUGCAAAAGAGGACAGUAAAAAGCUGAAAUAUAAUACAUUUGAUUACAAGACUUAUAAGAUGGCCGACCGGCCCAUCACUCCCAAAUGUACUCGUGAAUUCGUACCGUAGGUAUUGUGCAGUACGCCCUCCUAUUCAGAGAAACCCAAGUAAUAAUAACCCCUUUACAUAUCAUAUCGCUCCCACACCAAACAUUAGGUACCGAAACGCCUUUUUCAUAAUGCCUUGCUU